UAUGAAAUGGUUUUGUGUGAUAGCAUUGUGGGUUUUCAGCGUGGCACCUGCAAGAUUUAGUUCCAGUGAAUCGGAGGCUUUGCAACAGGCUUUUGUGCUUGUUGAUCUUCUUAAAGCAGAAUAUGCAAGACUGAACAAACAAAAUUCCUUUUUGAAAGCUGGAGUGCCUUUAAGUACACCUGAACAGCCUACUUGCCCAACUACACAACGCCCUGCGAAUAAUGAUCAUUCAUUCACGUUGGACGUGGGAAGUAUUGGAGUCCCUUCCCGAAGACUUCUAAACAAUUUGACCCCGGGCUCCGCAUACAACAUCCAAAAACAUUCACGUCUUAAGAACAGGCGGCUGGAAUACGACGACAUGUUUGGGCCGCAUCCUGGUGAAGAACCCAAAGUUCCCACAUCCCCAACUCAACCAACUUCGAUCCUAGCAACAUCAAGCUCUGCAUCACCGACACCACCACCAACCAGAGAAGAAAGCACGAGUCUGACAGCCUCAGAAGUUACACAACAUCUCUCAACGCGAUCUUCAAUAGAUUAUGAGCAGACCAGAAAAGCAAAAACGGAAGGCAAUAAAGCCAUCAAAUUAAAAUUGACCCAACAAAAGAAGCCUACAAGCAGAGACCCCGUCAUCGAACAGGUGGCAUCCGAAAUCAUGAACGAGAUGAAAGACAAGACUAUCUCUACAUUUAAAGUCGAAAUCGCACCACUUUUUACUGCUAGGACAGAACGAUACACUAGAUUUGAUAAUGUCAAAGACGAGAUUCAAUAG